AUGUUCUGGAAAAAGAAAAAUCAACCUCCUGUAAAAAAUUCCGAAAAGAUCAUUCCUGAAGCAGGAGCUUCCAUAUUUUCCAAGGUCUUCCUUGUUUGGCUCAACGAACUUUUACGCAUUGGCUACAAUAAGCCCUUGGAAAAAGAAGAUUUGUAUCAACUUGAUGAUGAAAGGCUAGCAAAAACGUUGGCGGACAAAUUUGAAAAUGAGUGGAACAAAGAACUACAAAAACUAAAAAAAGGAAAGAAACCUUCUUUAAUAUUAGCACUUAACCGUGUGAUUGGAUUUAAAUAUUGGAUUGCAGGUCUCACAAGGUUUAUCGCUUAUUUGUUGCAGGUCCUUUCACCCUUAGCAAUUCAGGCCAUAAUAAUAUUUUCGACGGAGUCAAUCCAGUCUAAUAACAAUGAUGACGCACCACCAAUCUAUAAAGGAGUAUUGUUGGCAACAAUUUUAUUUUUGAUGUUACAAAUUUACACUAUAUCUAGCAUCAUAUGCUUGUAUUUGUCAACGGAAUGUGGUAUUUUGGCCCGCACGAUUUUAAUCGCGGCCAUCUAUCGAAAGGCGUUAGUGCUCAGUGGAAAAGCACGCGGCAUUUUCACCACGGGAAAGAUCACAAAUUUGAUGUCCACUGACACGACUCGCAUAGAUUGGGUUGCGAUCUAUUCACAUUUAUUAUGGGCAACUCCACUUAUACUUUCAAUAGCACUUGCACUUUUGAUAUUAAACAUAGGAUUAUCAGCGCUGGCAGGAUUCGGGUUAAUGGUCAUCGCCACUCCUCUGCAAGGCAAAGUCAUGCAGGCCUUAGUUAAUAUAAGAAAGAAGGCCUCCAAAAUGACUGAUGAACGGGUAAAGAUCACGGGAGAGAUCUUGCAAGGGAUCAGAGUAAUUAAGUAUUACGCAUGGGAGGAUAGUGUUAUUGAUAAUAUCGAAAGAAUUAGGACUACCGAAAUUUGGUAUAUUCGUGUGCUGUUAAUUAUAAGAUCAAUAGUCAUGGGCAUUUCAGCGGUUUUACCAAUUUUUGCCAGCGUCCUUUCUUUUAUAAUAUUCGUGCUUACCGGUGGAGUGCUCACUCCGGACAUAGUAUUUUCGUCCCUCGCGUUAUUUAAUGUUGUCCGUUUUCCGAUAAAGGUUUUUCCUGUGGUCAUAUCAGGGAUGACGGAUGCAUGGGUAGCAUUUGAUCGGAUACAGGAAUAUCUAAUGGCCGAAGAAAUAGAAUAUUUACCGCCAAUCGACACCACUUCAGAUUCCGCGAUAACGGUUAAGAAUGGAGAAUUUAUGUGGGAGAAGACACCUUCAUCAGACGAAGAAUUUGAAAUAAUCGAGUUCUCAGAGAUAUCUAUUCCAACCGAUAAUCCGGAACUACCAAAGAGUUCCCAGUCGCCCCUCUCGCAAUUAAGAUUAAGAGAUAUUAAUAUUCGUAUUCCACGCGGUGCACACGUAGCAGUGGUAGGAUCCGUUGGUUCGGGAAAAUCUUCACUUUUGUCAGCGCUCGUGGGAGAGAUGAAAAAAAUGAGUGGAGAGGUGACGUUUGGCGGGAGUGUUGGAUAUUGUUCGCAAAAUGCUUGGAUACAAAAUUCUACUGUUAAAGAUAACAUCUUGUUUGGACGCGCAUUUGACGAACAAAGAUAUGCGAAGGUGAUCAAGGAUUGUUGUCUCGAACCCGAUUUGGAAUCAUUCCCGGCAGGGGACAUGACCGCUAUAGGAGAGAAAGGAAUUAACCUUUCUGGAGGACAAAAACAACGAAUAAGCAUUGCAAGAGCUAUCUACUUUGAUGCGGACAUUGUUCUGUUGGACGAUCCCCUUUCCGCGGUCGAUUCACAUGUUAGCAAUUAUUUGUUCACUAACUGUUUUCAAGGAACUCUCUCAAAGAAAACUUUGAUCCUUGUGACCCACAAACUGAAUAUAUUGUCACAACUUGACUACAUACUGUACAUGGAAAAUGGUAAGAUCGUAGAACAAGGGAAUUACGAAGAAUUAAUUCGCAACGGAAAAAAUUUUUCAAAGUUGAUAGAAGGAUAUGGUAAAUCUGAAGACGUAGAAAAAAGAGUUGUGGAUUAUGAAGAUUUAACAAGUGAUGCGAAUAAAAGAAAAUCAUUGCUUGUAUAUGAAAAAGAUUCGAUGACUCAAGAGGAACGAUUGGUGGGCGCAGUGAAAAUGGAAAUUUACUACUCAUACAUCAAAGCAGCCGGUGGUUUGUGUUUGAUCCCGGGAGUAACAUUGGGUUUGCAUCUUAAAAUUUGCCGCUUCAUGUUGGAAUUCCUGAAACCAAAGAUCUCGGCUAAUUAUUAUUACAUCUCACAAUCAAGAGGCAAUUUAUGGCUUUCCUAUUGGACAAGCGAUAAGUUUCAACUUUCCACAGAAAUCUAUAUGGAGAUUUAUGCUGCUUGGGGUGUCUCCGAAGGAAUAUUUAGUAUCCUCGUGGGUGUUUCUCUUUCUUUGGCUACGCUUUCAGCGGCUCGGAAUCUUCAUCGAAAGGCAUUAAAACGAGUAUUGACUGCACCCAUCGGUUUCUUUGAUACAACACCCAUUGGACGAAUUUUAAAUCGAUUCAGCAAAGAUAUCGACACGUGCGAUAACAUAAUUACCCAACCGUUGCAAUUAUUCCUAUACACGAUAGCAGACAUAUGUGGAAUAUUUAUCUUGGUGACUGUCGUGUUUGUGUAUUUCUUGGUUCCAGCGGUGCCACUCUUUUUUUUGUAUUAUUAUUAUUCGAAUUAUUUUCGGUAUUCAAAUCGAGAGUUAAUACGUCUAGUUUCGAUAUUGAGGGCUUCAUUAUAUGCUCAGUUCACCGAAUCGCUGACAGGCUUACCGAUAAUACGCGCAUACCGUUUGCAAGAAACUUUUCUGCGUAAAAACGAACAAUGCCUUGAUGAUGAAAAUCGUGCUUACAUUCCAUACAACGCUGUCAACAAGUGGCUAUAUAUAAGGGUGGAAUCUAUAGCAAACUUGCUUAUCUAUGUUGCAAGUCUAUUAUGCGUCUACGAAAGGUUUAAUGUAGAUCCAUCCAUAGUGGGAGUAAUUUUAAGUUAUAGCAUGGUCGUCACGGGAGAUUUCAGUUGGUGUAUUAGACAAGUUUCCGAUGUGGAAACAGCGACAAAUUCAGUGGAACGCUUAUUGUACUACAUAGAGAAUGUUAAAAGCGAACCAGAUCCAAUAAUUCCAGGACACCGCCCGCCACCCGAAUGGCCCACCAAGGGAGAGAUCGUUAUUAAAGACUUGGUAAUGAAGUAUGGACCCGAGAAACCACCUGUUAUAAAAGAAAUUUCAUUACACAUUAAAGGAUCGGAAAAAAUCGGGAUUGUUGGGAGAACUGGGUGUGGGAAAUCGACACUUGCAACGUCGUUUUUUAGAUUUAUUGAACCCGCAUCCGGACAGAUUAUCAUUGAUGGCAUUGACAUCACAACUAUAGGUUUAAAAGAUCUAAGAAGAAAAAUUACUAUAAUACCUCAAGACCCUGUCUUGUUUAAUGGAACUAUCAGGAGCAACCUGGAUCCAUUUAACUUGCAUGAUGAUCAAUCUUUAUAUAACGCUCUUCGUCGUGCACAUCUAUUUGACGAUGAAUAUAUCGCUGAAAAAAGAAGAGUUUUUAGAGAGGAAGACGAAAACUCUAGAUUACUUUUCUCAAGUCAGAGAUUUUCUCAUCAAAAAAUUCAUUUAGACUUAAAAGUACAUGAGCAUGGUAGAAACUUCUCGCAAGGCCAGCAACAGCUAAUAGCACUGGCCAGAGCAUUGGUACGUCGUUCAAAAAUUAUCAUAAUGGAUGAGGCAACAGCCAGUGUAGACUUCAGAACUGAUCAUUUGAUCCAAGAGACCAUUCGUGAAGAGUUUUCCGAGGCUACUGUAAUUACAAUUGCUCAUCGUUUGCGGACGGUGAUGGAUUAUGACCGAGUGUUGGUUUUGGAUAAUGGCAAAGUGGUAGAGUUUGAGUCCCCACAUUUAUUAUUACAAAAUCAAAAGUCGAUGUUUAAACAAAUGUGUGAAUUCAGCGGAGAAUUUGAGGAAUUGAUGAAAAUUGCAAAACAGAAAUUUGAAAAAAAAGCAACUCGACGGCGAAAAUAA